AUGCCAGAACCCAAAACAGCCUCCGAGGAGCUCGUCGAGAUCUCCCGCCUCUGUCUCGACUCCUUUGCUCCAGCAAAAGCAAUCAUUACUGAUGUGAAGCACCUGGCUUCUUAUAACUGGGUCGAAGCAUCCACACCCACCAUCGCUGUCCCAGGCAGUCCAGCUCGAUGGUCUGCUCCUCAAGGGCCACGACGCGUGAAGAAAGAUAGCGGCCUUGUUUAUAUUGCUCAGAAUGUUGCUCGUCAUCCUGAUAGCCCUCUAGAGCCGUUAUUCCGCUCCCUUUAUAUCGAGCAGCCUUUGUUCGACAUCAGCUCAAUUGACGUCGUGACCGACCGAAACAACAUUCGCAAGCUUCUAUCGUUUAUCAAGCCCACUUUGACCAAAAAUGGACUCGAUCCAUUCACCAUCCAGGUGGAUAUGGCCGCUCAGACUGCGAUAUUCUGUCGUGACGAGACCGCUACCUAUGAAGUAAUUGGGCCGGGCGAAUUCCGGGGCUUUGGUCAUGAAUUCGAGAAAGCAUACACCAUCCCUCAGGUUAGAGACAGCACUGGGCACCAUCGCAUAAUUUCCUACCGAUCUCGGUGGUGUGAGUUUUCUCGUGCGCCAUGA